ACGCUUCCAAACAUUACGAUGUAGUUGUGGUCGGUGGUGGAAUGGUGGGGUUCGGUUUCGCGGCAAUGGCUGCGACUCACCCCUUUCUCCGAAGUAAACGCAUUCUUCUUCUGGAAUCCGGCCCCAAGACUCAAUACAAGAAGGAACCAAAUCAUCGAAAUCGCGUUAUCGCGGUCACACCUAUUUCACGACGUUUGUUUGAAGGCGUUGGCGCAUGGAAAGCUAUACAGGAUAACCGAUUUCAGCCAAUAAAAAGGAUGAAGAUUUAUGAGAUGGGGUCCAAUGCAAAGCUCCUGUUGGAAAGGUCGAACCCGGAUGACGAUAUGGGUUAUAUAGUCGAAAAUGACCUAAUUAUCUCCUCUUUGGAGGCUGUCGUCGACGAGGCUGUCAAACACUCAGAUACAAAGGAUUAUCCCGGUUCUAUGGAAGUGAUGCAUAACACAGUGGUAGAAGAUAUUCAACUGCCGAAAUCCUAUGAUGCCGUUAAUAUGCCACGCCUCCUAGUGCGUGAUCGUGCCGCUUCCUCCAAGGAUGCUAUCCCUAUAGAAGCUUCGUUACUGGUUGGUGCAGAUGGUUUUCGAUCAGCCGUCAGGAAUACUUCAGGUAUCCACACAGUCGGAUGGGAACAUGAUCAGACAGCCAUUGUAGCCAACUUAAAUUUGCCGGAUGAUUACGAUCCUACAAUAGCCUGGCAGCGUUUUGUGGAUACCGGUCCAAUUGCUCUCUUGCCAAAUGAGCCGGCUCACCAGCCCUCUGGAAUCGUAGCCUCCAUAGCUGCUGCUGUCAAGUUGGCCAUCCCUAAGUCCAGCGAAUCCUUUACACCACCGAAGAUCCUCAGUGUUGAUCCUAAUACUCGCGCGUGUUUUCCACUUCUUUUCCGUCACUCAUCUUUCUACCACGCCCCUCGUGUAGCUCUACUAGGGUACGUCUUAUUCUGCGGAAAAAAGGUUUCGCCCAUUGACAGGGGACUCCUGAACCUUUUUACUUGCCUUUUUAGAGAUGCUGCCCACAGGAUCCUUCCAUUGAGUGGUCAGGGUGCAAACAUGGGUUUCGGAGACGCGGCUAGCCUGGCAAAACAUCUUAAUGAGGCUCUUAGUGAGGGUGCUGAUAUUGCGUCUCCUCGAUUUUUGCGAGCCUACACUUCAGAUCGACAACGCUCUGUUGUUCCAAUGGCAGCGUUUGUGGAAUUUAUUCAGGCUCUUUAUUCUACGGACGCGAGCCUCGGACCUCUUGAAGCUCCUUCUGGAUCGGUUUUGAUGGGACUGAGACGUCUGUCCUCGACGUUGGGCAUUUCUGACGCUGCAUUGAGUAUUCGGGGUCUCGGUAUGGAUCUGGUUGAUUCCAAUAAUCUAGUAAAGGUACAAUCAAACCCUUUUGCCUGUCUCUUAAGCUGA